AUGGAACACAGCGAUAUUUAUUUUAAUGUUUUAUGUUCAGUAGAUACGCGAUGGCUAAAAUUAACCCCACACGAUGAUCUUAUUUAUACACACUUUCGGCAAGAUUUUCCAGAUUUAGAUGUUGCUUACAUUAAGGAGAAUGAAAUCAAAAAUAACGUUAAUAAAGCCAAGUGGAGAGCAUACUGUGAAAAGUUUAAAACUAUUGUUGAGGACUACAGUUUUGGUACAUUGAUGAGAGCUGACACAAAUGGUGAUUACUCUGAAUCAAACACAAUUUUAGUUCCACGGGUCCAAUUUUAUGCUAUAGAAAUAGCAAGAAAUCGUGAAGGGUUGAACAAUGAAGUUAAAAAACUAUUUAAGUGUGCAUCCAAAGCUAAUAUGGAGGAACGAAAUCAUCAAACUGAAAUAAUGGCAUAG